UAGUAUGUCUUGCCUGCUCGUAAAACACGUAAUAGGAUUACGUGUAUAUUGCUAUCGCAUGUACACCUAAAAAUCACUCGUUGGUCUGAGCGAGAUAAUGAAUUUCCGUAGUCGGGCCGGUAGGAAUAAUAAUAGAUAAUUCUACAAAAAAAUUGAAGUUAUUCGUGGCCAGUCUCUUGUCGUAGAAGGUGGUUUUGUGAAUCAAAAAUGAAAGCUGUUGCGCUGGCGGUUGUCAGUUUACUGGCAAUUUCUUCAAUAAAUUGUGAUGUGUUCUUUGAAGAGAAAUUCCUAGAUGAUUCAUGGGAAUCUAACUGGGUGUACAGUGAGCACCCUGGCAAGGAAUUCGGCAAAUUCAAAUUGACUGCUGGAAAGUUCUACAAUGACCCCGAGGAAGAUAAAGGUCUGAAAACAAGCGAGGAUGCGCGAUUCUACGCGUUGUCGCGCAAGUUCAAGCCGUUCAGCAAUGAUGGCAAGCCCAUGGUGGUGCAGUUCUCGGUUAAGCACGAGCAGGACAUCGACUGCGGCGGCGGCUACCUCAAGAUCUUCGACUGCAAGUUGGACCAGAAGGACAUGCACGGAGAGAGCCCCUACGAGAUUAUGUUCGGGCCUGACAUCUGCGGCCCUGGCACCAAGAAGGUACAUGUAAUCUUCAGCUACAAGGGCAAGAACCACCUCAUCAAGAAGGACAUCCGCUGCAAGGACGACGUUUACACUCACUUGUACACGCUGAUCGUGCACCCUGACAAUACCUAUGAGGUGCUCAUUGAUAACGAGAAGGUCGAGUCUGGUGAACUGGAGGCGGACUGGGACUUCCUCCCGCCCAAGAAGAUCAAGGACCCCGAAGCCAAGAAGCCCGAGGACUGGGACGACCGCCCCACCAUCCCCGACCCUGAGGACACGAAGCCCGAGGACUGGGACAAACCUGAGCACAUCCCCGACCCUGAUGCCACCAAGCCCGAAGACUGGGAUGACGAGAUGGACGGCGAGUGGGAACCACCCAUGAUCGACAACCCCGACUACAAGGGUGUUUGGGCGCCUAAACAGAUUGACAACCCAGCGUACAAAGGACCCUGGAUCCACCCGGAGAUCGACAACCCAGAGUACACGGCCGACGCCAACCUGUACAAGCGUGAAGAGAUUUGCGCAGUCGGUUUGGACUUAUGGCAGGUCAAGUCAGGCACCAUCUUUGACAACUUCCUCAUCACCGAUGACCCAGCGGUCGCUAAGGAGAGGGGAGAGGUGAUCAAGAAGACGCAAGAAGGAGAGAAGAAGAUGAAGAGCGAGCAAGACGAGCUUGAGCGCGAGAAGGAGAAGGCGGAGAAGCCUGAUGAUGAGGAUGAUGAUGAGGAUCUCGAUGAUGAGGCCGGUGAUGCGGCGCCUCUGGAGGAGCACGACGAGUUGUAAGUGAGUGUGAGUGAGUGUGAGUGAGUGCCAAGACAUUCCGUACCGCCGGGUACCAGUGUGAGUGCGCGAGUGCCGCCGCGCCCUCUGCUGUCUACUUUAAUAUUUAGCACUGUGUGUAAGUCUCGAAAUAUUCCAAUAACCUAGUUGGGGCGCGUUUGCGUGUAUUUAUUUCCGCGUUUGCGACGUACUGAUAUUUGUAUAGAUGUCGACUUCACGCUCAGGUUUAUAAAUUUAAAGUUAUGUUGUGGCCGGCACCGUGUGUCGGCCGCGGUUCGUUGUACAGUGUCAGUUAACGUAGCCUAAUGUUUAAGAAUUGUGAUUGAUGUUGUAAAAUGAAUCGAAUGUUUGUGUUCUCAUUUUAUGUUGUGAAAUGAGUUUGAUUAAAAAAUUAAUAUAUA